AAGAAAGAUAUAUCAUAUAUUUCCUUGGUCAAGAACUACUGCUUUGUUUUAUCAAAAAACCAUACCAUAUAAAUUUUAGAGUAUAAAAAAUGUGCCUAAUGUAUAUACACAUACAUAUGUAUGUGUGAAUGGGUGAAUGCAUGCAUCUAUGUAUGUAUAUGUGUGGACUGUUCACAUAGCUCUCCCUCGUCUCUCUAUAUAUACGUCUAGAAGUUGAUCUUUAAGUCAUCUACCAAAGUGUUUAUAAUACAGGUGCAUGAGUUCAUCUUCACAAUACACUCUCUUUCUCUCAAUACACACAAGUUCUUACUACCAUUAGGGUUUCAAUACUUGAGGCUAAAACAUGUCAGCUCGUAUAGGAGUGGCAGACUUACCAGAGUGGUCUGGGUCACCCCCAGCCUCUCCAACUCUCGGUGAGCUUCUACAGUACGUUAACAAAUCCAGAAACGAAGACAACGGCGGUGAAGACCCCCCACACCAAGUUUUGGAAAUGAACAAAAUGAACAACAUCAAUAACGACCCUCAGGCGUUGCCAUUCGUUUUAUCCUUUAACAAUCUCACAUACAGCGUCAAAGUACGUGGCAAAUUCGGGCUAUCAGGAGGCCGUAAGCUUGAAUCUGUCCCGGCUACAGCUGCGGAGCCGGUUGGAGGCGAAAACUUGGUUUCUAAGAAACACAAGGUGUUGUUGAAUGAUAUUUCGGGUACGGCUAGAGACGGUGAGAUACUAGCGGUUCUUGGUGCUAGUGGAUCGGGGAAAUCUACUUUGAUCGAUGCUUUAGCGAACCGAAUUGCUAAAGGAAGUUUGAAAGGCAACGUAACAUUAAAUGGGGAACAACUAGAAUCCAAAAUGCUGAAGGUUAUUUCUGCUUAUGUCAUGCAAGAUGACCUAUUGUUUCCUAUGUUAACGGUGGAAGAAACUUUGAUGUUUUCUGCUGAGUUUCGCCUCCCUCGAACGCUAUCCAGAUCGAAAAAGAAGCAAAGAGUCCAAGCGUUGAUCGAUCAGUUAGGCCUCCGAAACGCGGCCAAUACAGUUAUUGGAGAUGAAGGUCACCGAGGAGUUUCUGGAGGAGAACGACGUCGUGUUUCAAUCGGGACCGAUAUUAUCCACGAUCCGAUUAUCCUGUUUUUGGAUGAGCCAACAUCCGGGCUAGAUUCAACAAGUGCGUACAUGGUUGUGAAGGUGUUGCAACGUAUAGCACAAAGUGGAAGUAUUGUUAUCAUGACCGUACACCAGCCUAGCUUCCGUCUUCUCGGUUUACUUGACCGGUUAUUGUUUCUGUCACGGGGACAAACCGUUUACAGCGGCUCACCAUCGAAUCUCCUUUCGUUUUUCGCUGAUUUUGGUCAUCCGAUCCCAGACAAAGAGAAUCGAACUGAGUUCGCUCUCGAUUUGAUUAGAGAACUUGAAGGAUCUCCUGGAGGAACUAAAAGCCUAGUCGAAUUCAACAAAUCAUGGCAGAUAUUAAAGAGAUCACGGCGCAGUUGUACUGGCAACGAAACGCCUACUCACGGCUUAUCGCUUAAAGAAGCGAUAAGCGCGAGUAUCUCCAGAGGCAAAUUAGUCUCUGGAGCUACUACCGACAUAAGCACAACCUCUUUGGUACCUAGCUUUGCAAAUCCGAUGUGGAAAGAGAUGCUGGUAUUAUCGAAACGUUCGUUUAGAAACUCAUGGAGAAUGCCAGAGUUGUUCAUAACUCGGUUGGGUGCGGUUAUGGUCACAGGCUUUAUUCUCGCCACAAUGUUUUGGAAACUGGAUGACUCUCCUCGCGGGGUUAGAGAACGUUUAGGCUUCUUCGCAUUCGCUAUGUCCACAACGUUCUACACGUGUGCGGACGCAUUACCUGUUUUCAUUCAAGAACGAUUCAUUUUCAUGAGAGAAACCGCUUACAACGCGUACAGGCGUUCUUCAUACGUCUUAUCUCAUUCUCUCGUCGCGAUUCCCGCUCUUGUGUUUCUAUCCAUCACAUUCGCAAUAAUCACAUUUUGGGCCGUGGGACUCGACGGGGGAGCUUCGGGUUUCUUCUUCUACUUCUUCAUCAUCCUAUGCUCAUUUUGGGCCGGUAGCUCAUUCGUUACAUUCCUUUCGGCUGUUGUACCACAUGUCAUGAUCGGAUACGUCAUUGUCGUAGCGAUUCUCGCUUACUUCUUACUCUUCAGUGGCUUCUUCAUCAAUCGUGAUCGAAUCCCCGACUACUGGAUUUGGUUUCACUACAUUUCAUUAGUGAAGUAUCCAUACGAAGCGGUUUUACACAAUGAAUUUCAAGAUCCUAACAAAUGCUUUGUUAGGGGAACACAAAUAUUUGAUGGCAGCCCUCUAGGCGAUUUCGACGAAUCGUUAAAACUAAAAUUGUUACAAAACAUGGGUGACACAUUGGGGGUUAACAUCACAAGUAGUACGUGCUUGACCACCGGCUCCGACUUGUUGCAGCAGCAAGGUGUGAAUGAUCUGGGUAAAUGGGAUUGCUUAUGGAUCACUUUGGCUUGGGGUUUCUUCUUCAGGAUCUUGUUCUAUUUUUGCUUGUUGAUUGGAAGCAAAAAUAAAAGGAGGUAAAGUGUAAACAAAUACAAUGUUUGGGGUGCUACUAUGUAAGUUUUUGGGUUUUGGCGGGAAGUUAACAAAACGUUUCUAUAUGUUUUUUUUGUAUAAGUUCUUUUUCUUUUUAAUAAUUUGUAUCAUAAUUACAAUAAAACGUAAUAUAAACGUAAUAUUAAUAUUUUAUCAAUUCGUAAA